AUGGCGAAACUGCUCAACGGCAACGAAGUCGCCCAACACGCUUCGCGCGACUCAUGCUGGGUUAUUGUCUCGGGCAAGGUCUACGAUGUCACCGGAUACCUAGACCACCAUCCCGGCGGCUCACAGAUCCUGUUGCAGUACGGCGGAAAGGAUGCGACGGCCAUGUAUGAACCCAUUCAUCCUCCCGGCACAAUUGAACGCUCUCUACCAAAGGACAAGCACCUGGGUUCAGUCGAUCCGGCCACUGUAUCGAGCCCGUCUUCUCCCCAGGUGACUCGGGAUCUUGACCAGAUGGCCCAAAUCCCCCUCUCCCACUGCGUGAACCUGGACGACGUUGAAAAAGCCGCCACACGAAUCAUCUCUCACAGCGCCUUUGUCUACUUCAACUCUGCAGCGGACAGUCUCGGAUCCCUCACCAACAACCGGCAAGACUGGAAGAAAGUCACCCUGCGACCGCGGAUAAUGCGCAACGUCCGAAGGGUGGACAUGACCAGGGUUAUGCUAGGGACCAAAUUCCGCGUUCCGUUCUUUAUCGCCCCGGCUGCGCGGGCGAGGCUAGUGCAUGAGGAUGGUGAGCUGUGUCUAGCGAGAGGUGCGGCCAGAAGAGGGAUCCCCUACUGCCCGAGCACGUACUCGACCGUGCCGCACGACGAGCUGAUGCAGUGCUUGAUCGAUGAGAAGAAGAAGGUGCGGUUUCGCAACCUCUCGCCUGAGGACGGCGGCACGUUGUGGUUCCAGCUGUACGUUGCACACGAGAAGGAGCGAACACUCGAACUAGUUGGUAUGGCGAGGGAUCUGGGCUACAAGGCGUUGGUCAUCACCGUCGACACGCCUGUGGUGGGCAAGCGCGAGGAGGACGAACGCUACCGGGCAGAGCUGGCCACUGCGAGCGGCGAUAAUUCCGUCUUGACAGAAUGGUACAAGCCGGCCAAUGAGGACGACGAAAAUAGCCCCCCACUCAGGGGUCACCACUCGUCCACCCUCAAUUGGGAUGACUUGCCUUGGAUUCGCGAGGCAUGGCGCCAGGGUAGGAACGAUGCCGGUCCGAUCGCAAUCAAGGGCAUCCAGACAGCGGAAGACGCCGCUCUCGCGGUAUUCGAACACGGCGUUGACGCUAUCUAUCUCAGCAACCACGGAGGCCGACAGUGCGACGAUGCACCCUCAUCCAUCCGCACCCUGCUCGAGAUCCGGAAGUUCUACCCCGAGUUGCUGAAGAAGGCCGAAGUCUACCUGGACGGAGGAAUCCGCAGGGGCGCAGAUGUGAUCAAAGCCUUGUGCCUCGGGGCGAGGGGAGUGGCCUUGGGACGCUCGUUCAUGUACGCUGUUGCCAUGGGUGACGAGGGUGUGGCCAGGGUGAUCCAACUCUUAUCUGAAGAAAUCGAGACGACCAUGCGCUGCAUGGGCGUGACGUCCCUCGACCAAUUGAACCCGUCGUACGUGAACACAAAAGUGUUGGAGUUGGAGCUUCCGGAUCGGUUGGUCUCAGGGGAUGACUCGGAAUACGGUGAAGCUUGGGUUAAAGGGUUGAAGGCGAGGCUUUAG